GUUGUAUGAGAAGCACCUCUAUCAGUACAUCCGUGACAAUGUGGUGGCGCACGUGUGUGGUGCUGGUCUGCGUGACAGCAGUUCUGGCUGACGAGGAGUGGCGGCAGGUGAACACUGCGCAGGGGCCCGUGCGCGGACAGAAGCACCCCAGCGGACAUCUGUACGCGUUCUACAAUAUACCCUACGCAACAGCGCCUAAGGGUGCCGACAAAUUCAAGCCGCCUCUACCGCCACAAGUACGAACAGAACCGUUCGAUGCCGUCAACAAACAUGUGGUAUGUCCACAGACUGAUUACGUGGCUGCCACGUUACCAGGAUUUAAUAUAGUGGAGUCAGAAGAUUGUCUGAUAGCUAACAUAUUCGUGCCCGACACACAUGAAAAAAACCUUCCAGUUCUCGUUUAUGUACAUGGUGGGGCGUUUAUUCUGGGCUUCGGUGAUACGAUGACAGGAUCACAAUUAAUGAAAACGAAAGAUUUCAUAAUGGUGACGUUUAACUAUCGUCUCGGCAUUCACGGGUUCCUGUGUUUGGGCACUGAGGAUGUACCAGGCAAUGCGGGCAUGAAGGAUCAAGUGGCGCUGUUGCGCUGGGUGAAGGACAACAUCGCCAACUUUGGUGGUAACCCCAAUGAUGUCACCCUCGGAGGUAGCAGCGCAGGUUCCGUGUCUGUGGACUUAUUAUUGCUAUCGAAAGCGACAAAAGGUCUGUUUCACCGUGUCAUUCCGGAGAGUGGUGCAAACCUUGCAGCAUUUGGAAUGCAGAGAGAUCCUUUAGAGGUCGCCAAAAGUCAUGCCAAGACUCUACAGUUCACAAAUGUUGAAGAUAUUUCUGCCCUAGAGCAGUUCUACAAGACAGCGUCGAUGGAGCUGUUGACUGCUGCAGACUCAUUCCUUUUUAGACCUGAUUCAACAUUUUUGUUUGGGCCAUGUGUGGAACGUGAUACAGAGGGAGCAUUUCUAACGGAGUCUCCUCUGACCAUACUAAAGAACGGCGAUUUUGACAAGUUACCAAUGCUAUAUGGUUUCGCGAACAUGGAAGGUCUUUUCCGUAUUGACUUGUUUGAUGAUUGGAAAGACAAGAUGAAUAAUAAUGUUACUGAGUUUCUGCCAGCUGACCUAAAGUUUGAAAGUGAUGAAGCCAGGGAAGAAGUGAUCAAAAUGAUUAAAGAUUUCUACUUUGAUGGGCAGCCGGUCAGCAAUAACAAUAUUCUGGGAUACGUGGACUACUUUUCGGAUGUUCUGUUUGCUUAUUCUACGCUAUGGUCCGCAAAGUUGCAAGUGGAGGCCGGUAACAAUCUAGUAUAUCUGUAUGAAUACUCAUUCGUAGAUGAGAAUGACCCCGUAGUACCACACACUGACGUGCGAGGUGCUAACCACUGCGCACAAGCAUUGGCUGUAAUGGAUGGUGAAGAUGAAAGUCUUGAAUCGCCGGAAUUUAAAAAGAUGAGGAAGAUAAUCCGUGAAAUAUGGCACAACUUUAUCAAGACCGGAGUGCCCGUGCCAGCAGGCUCGUCGCUGCCUGCGUGGCCUCCAGCACGCGCCGACAGGUCGCCGCACAUGCAGCUGCUUGAGAAGCCGGAGCUACAUGGGGUGCUGCUAGAAGACCGCACUCGGUUGUGGGACGAUAUCUACCAAAAAUACUACCUUGAUUCUGUUCCACCAUCGGCAACAAACGCCGAUGCUGGCAGCGCAGCCCGCAGUGAUUAAUUAUUGCUUUAAUUUAUUCUCUGUAGCAGUGAACAUCUUUCAAUAUUGAUGAUGAAUUCAAUAGUGAUUAGAUUAAGAAAUCUGAUGAAGUAAUUUUUGUAACUUAUUCAGAUAAACACGACGUUCAUUAUAGCCAGGCAUUGCCAGGCAAACUACAUUUUGUGAUUAAAUUUUAUCGUCAUAUCGUUGAAGUACAAUUUUGAACGAGUGCAAUAUUGC